AUGGCACAUGUGCUACGCGCUGAAGGGGCGCAAACGCAAACGUCUAACGGUAUGGCAGCAAGCACUGUAGCGGGCAUGGUUAUAGGUGCUUUGGGGCUUUUCGCAUUGGUGCUCACGUAUCAGCUUCUUCCGUCUCUGCAUCGGAGGCGUCAGCCAAACAAUACCAUCCCCACUCCUUUUGUCCCUUCAGCCAGCCGUGGCACAACCAUAUUGCGCAUAAUGCGCCGUCUGAUCGCUAGAAUCGCUACCUUCCUUCAGCCAUCCAAGUCCAAAUCGGUUCCUUCGGAACCUGGCUCACAGACACAUAAGCCCCUACGCUCUUUACACCUUCCUGCAGAACAGCAGCGCAGGUGCCACGCAGCCCGUGAAAAAUUCGCUACCAAACUGCGUUUAAAUCUAUACGUUCCUCCCGUCGCGGACAUCCUCUCUUCUAGAACCCCCCGUGAUCGAGUCAAUUUCGCCCGGCUGGAUGAUAGUAUCUAUCAGGAUGCUGCAUACCAUACAGAAAAACCUGCUCCCGCUGUUAUGUCGCCAUGGUCUCCGCGCGAGCAGGACUACCCCUACUCGUCCGUGCCGAUACCAUCUCCUUGGCUCAGCAAAGGAUGGGAACGCAACUCCCCUCCCCCGUUCUCACCGCCGCCAGCAUAUGUCCCUAGUACACCUAGGCGAUACGGCUUCAUCUGGGGACAGCCUGAUCGCUCGCCGCUCACUGGUCCCGGCACACGAGACACUGUGACCGUGACAAAACAUACGAGCGAGGCCAUAGACCUAUCAGAGAUUGUGGUUUGUAACCCUGCUCCCGAGACUCCUGCAGAAGUAUCUCAAAAUGUAUUUGUGAUAUCAGACGAUGCAGACGCGCUUAGCGAUAGUUCCAGUAUUUCUAGUACGUGGUCGUGUGGCUCUGUGGUCAAUGUGCUGUAA